UGUAUAUAGUGGUGUAACUUGUAUAUAGUGCUCCUGGAGCACGUACAGUCUAGAUAGACUGGUCUUUUCUUUAUGUAUUGAACACAUUUCCCCACAACUGCUCUAAUCGUGUUCAGCUUCUAGUUAUCACGGUUGAUUUUCCUACAGGUUUUUAUUUCCAAGACAUGGUACUUGCCUGGAAGCAUCUUCACAAAAGACAGAUUGGAUGGCGUCUUAAACACAUAAGAGAUGCCAGUCGGCAGAGAAUCAGGUUCACAGAUGAUCGGGUCUGCAAGAGCCACCUGCUGAGCUGCUGCCCACAUGAUAUCCUCUCAGGAACGCGGAUGGACCUUGGGGAGUGCACGAAAGUUCAUGACCUUGCACUAAGAGCCGACUAUGAAAUUGCUUCCAAGGAGAAGGAUCACUUCUUUGAGAUGGAUGCCAUGGAUCACUUGCAGUCAUUCAUCACAGACUGUGACAGAAGAACAGAAAUUGCAAAGAAACGGUUGGCAGAAACCCAAGAAGAGAUCAGUGCAGAGGUGGCUGCCAAGGCUGAACGUGUCCACGAGCUGAACGAGGAGAUUGGGAAGCUGUUGGCCAAAGCGGAGCAGCUGGGAGCCGAGGGGAAUGUUGAAGAAUCCCAGCAGGUCAUGAAGGAGGUGGAGAAGGCAAGAGCCAAGAAGAGGAAAGCAGAGGGGGACACCAUCGCCUCUCCUUCCUCCAGCGCAUUCUGGGAGGUGUACAGGAACUCCAUGCCGGCCUCCAGUUUCCAGCAGCAGAAGCUGAGAGUGUGUGAGGUUUGCUCUGCGUACCUGGGCCUGCAUGACAACGAUCGCCGCCUCGCUGACCACUUUGGGGGGAAACUUCACCUCGGCUUCAUCGAAAUCCGGGACAAACUGGAGGAGCUAAAGAAACUUGUUGCAGAAAAACAGGAGAAAAGGACUCAGGAGCGUCUGAAACGAAGAGAGGAGCGAGAAAAGGAGGAACGAAUGAAGAGAAGGUCCACAUCUCGCAGCAGGGAACGCAAGAGGUCCAGAUCGAGGGAGCGUCGCCGACAUCGAUCCAGAUCCGUGUCUCACGAUCGGCGUAAACGCUCUCGCUCCAGGUCCCGGGAACGUCGGCGCCGGCACAAGUCCCGCUCCGGCAGCCGGAGCCGCAGCUGCAGCCACCAGCAAAGCCGUCAGAACUCCAAGGACAGGGAGCGUGAGAGGGACCGCAGCAGGGACAGGAGCUCCAAACAAAAGUCCAGAGAGCGAGACCAGGAGAAGUGCAGGGAGCAAGAUCGCAAAGACAAGAAACGUCCCUACGAGAGUGCCAACGGGAGGUCAGACCACAGUCAGCCCAGCUCGGAGGAGAGGGAGGCGGGGGAGAUCUGACGGACGCACGGACACACUGACACCUGUGGGGAGAGCAUGGCUUUCACUCGACUCGACUCGACUGGGGGAAACCUCGUGUUUUGUUUUUUUGAACUUAGAAGGGAUUAUUUUCGUCCGGCGGUUUAGACGACCGAUAACUUAAAUCUGUUAGGGUAGCUGGAGGGGGUGAGGAGGGGGUGUCACCUCUCUCUCUCUCUCUCUCUCUCUCUGAGUGGCCUGUGUUUGUGACGGAGGCCGGAGGAGCCUGGGAAUGUACUGUGUGUGCGUGUGCCAGGCUGUGCCCAGUCACCAACAUUAGCAUUCUUCCUAUCAUUGCCCCGCGAUGUAUCCGCAUCGCUCUGUUUUUGAACAAGGAAUCUCUUUUUUUGUUUUGUUUUAAAGCUCUGGAAACUUGAUUCCGUAUUAAAUUUGUAAAAAUCC